GAAAGUCUUGCCCUCUGUUGAAAUACAAAAGAAGUUAGUAUUCCAUUCAUAACAUUAUUGAAUACAGUGGCGACACAGUGUUUUAUGUUCUUUUGUGUUUUCUAAAUGAAAAACACCCAAGUGGUGUGGAGCCCGAAAGCAUUAAAACAGCUGAGGAACUCUUUUCGCACCCCAAUACAUAUAUAAUAAUAUUCAUCGAGAUGCAUUUUGCAUGUUUUUAUUAGUUAAACUAGUCUAUCGAAGUUCUUUUUUUUUGUUAAAAAGAAAAAUUAUAGAUAACUCUUUUAUUACUAUUAAAAACAUGACUACAAUUCAGAAAAAGCCUUUUUAUCGCCUUCCCACUAAUGUUCGACCUUGUCAUUAUAACAUAACCCUGGUUCCAAAUAUUGACAAAUUCAUUUUUCAUGGGACACAAAUAGUUGAAAUUCAGGUGAAAGAAUCUACGAACAAGGUUGUAUUAAAUUCUCUUGAUAUAGACAUAAAAAAUGUUACUUUUGAUAAUAAUGAUGGAGUACAUAUGAAUACAUCUAAAGUUGAAUUUGUUCCAUCUCAAGAAACUGCUAUUUUAAUAUUCCCUGAAUGUUUGGCACUUGGUUAUGGAACUUUAUAUCUUGAGUUUGAUGGGCAGAUCAAUGAUAAAAUGAAAGGAUUAUAUCGCAGUAAAUAUCAAGGAAGUGACGGAAGUAUAAAAUAUGCUGCCGUGACUCAAUUUGAAGCGACUGAUGCAAGACGUUGUUUUCCAUGUUGGGAUGAACCAUCGGUAAAAGCAACAUUUAGUAUAACGUUGAAAAUACCCAUUGGUUAUGUUGCUCUAUCGAAUAUGCCUGUCGAAAAAUGUCAAGUUUAUGACAAUCUUGAAGUUCUGACUUUUUUAAAAACACCGAUAAUGUCAACAUAUUUGUUAGCCAUUGUAAUUGGAGAAUUUGAUUAUCUUGAAAGUAAAACAACCGAUGGAACUAUCGUUCGAGUUUAUACACCAAAAACUAAACAAGAGCAAGGAAGAUUUGCUUUAGAAGUGGCUACUAAAGUGUUGCCUUAUUACAAUACAUAUUUUGGUAUAUCGUAUCCUUUACCAAAAAUGGAUCUUAUUGCUAUUGCAGAUUUUUCUGCUGGGGCUAUGGAAAAUUGGGGAUUAGUAACUUAUAGAGAAACUUGUUUAUUAGUAGACCCUCAAAAUACAUCUGCAGCAUCAAAACAAUGGAUUGCUUUGGUUGUUGGACAUGAAUUAGCUCAUCAAUGGUUCGGUAAUCUUGUGACGAUGGAAUGGUGGACUCAUUUAUGGCUUAAUGAGGGUUAUGCGUCAUUCGUUGAAUUUCUCUGCGUUGCACACUUGUUUCCUGAAUACGAUAUUUGGACUCAAUUUGUUACUGAUACGUACAUAAAAGCAUUAGAAUUAGAUUGUCUAAAAAAUAGCCAUCCUAUUGAAGUACCUGUUGGACAUCCUACAGAAAUUGAUGAAAUAUUCGAUGAUAUCUCUUAUAAUAAAGGUGCUAGUGUCAUACGAAUGCUUCAUUCGUAUAUAGGAGAUGAUGAUUUUCGUAAAGGAAUGAAUUUAUAUUUAAAAAGACAUAGUUACGCUAAUGCUGAAACAGAAGAUCUCUGGGCAGCGUUAGAAGAGGCAAGUCAUAAACCUGUAGGUGCUGUUAUGUCAACAUGGACAAAACAACAAGGUUUUCCUUUAAUUACUGUAAAGCAGUGCCAAGAUGGUAAUGACAGAAUUUUGUUACUAUGUCAAAGUAGAUUUCUCGCUGAUGGUUCCGAAGAUCAAGAACAAUGUUUAUGGAUGAUACCUCUAAGUAUCAGUACCUCCAAGUCUCCUGACGAAGUUGCAUUCAGUACUGUUAUGAGUGAAAAAAAUCAAAAAAUUAUCAUGAAAGAUAUACCAAAAGAAUCAUGGAUAAAAAUAAAUCCAGGAACAGUUGGGUUCUAUCGUACACGUUAUAGUCCUGAAAUAUUAGAUUUGCUCAUUCCUGCAGUUGAAAAUCGCACCUUACCACCUUUAGAUAGAUUAGGACUUCUUGACGAUCUUUUCGCCAUAGUUCAAACUGGUCAUGCUUCAACUAUUCAAGUACUUAAAUUCAUGAAGGCUUUUCAAUACGAAGAUAAUUAUACUGUGUGGUCUAGUAUCGUUAGUAUACUUGGAAAAAUCAGUCUUCUAAUAGGUCACCUUGAUAUUCACCAAAACUUUGAAGCAUUUGGUCGUACUUUACUUAAAGAUAUUACCAGAAAAUUAGGUUGGGAUUCGCACCCAGGGGAGAGCCAUUUAAAUAAUUUGUUAAGGUCACUCGUUUUAAAUAGAAUGGCUAUUUUUAAAGAUACAGAUAUUAUUGAAGAAGCAAAAAAAAGAUUUGAGCUUCAUAUUACGAAAAAAUUACCACUUGUUGCUGAUUUACGAACACCUGUUUAUCGAGCUGUAUUGUCAGUUGGCGAUAUCAAUACUUAUGAAGCAAUGAUUAAAUUAUACACAGAAGCUGAUCUCCAUGAAGAAAAAGAUAGAAUACUGCGAGCCUUAGGAACAAUUUCCGAUAGAACUUUACUUAAUAAGGUUCUAGAUUUUGCUAUGAGUGAUCAAGUUCGGGCGCAAGAUACUGUUUUUGCAAUAAUGUCAGUUGCUCUUAAUAUCAAAGGACGUGACCUGGCAUGGGAAUUUUUGAAAAAUAAUUGGCAUAUUUUAAUGAAUCGCUACGAUGGAGGUUUUUUGUUAUCUCGAUUAAUUAAACAUACAACAGAAAAUUUUGUGACCGAAAGCAAUGCCAUAGAAAUAGAAGAAUUUUUUGAAAAACAUUCGACUCCUGGUGCAGAGAGAACUGUGCAACAAAGUCUGGAAAGUAUCAGACUUAAUGUUGCUUGGCUUUCAAGAGAUCAAGCAGCAAUUGAAGAUUAUUUUAAGGUCAAUAUGUACUGAGAUUUUUUAAGAUAUGGUAUUAUUUGUGAAAUGUAAUAUUUACUUUUAUUACGAAUAUUUAAAAUAUAUUUCACUGAAAUAUGUGAUCAAUAAAAAUCUUGAUGACA